AUUAGUUGUCAAAAUAUAAACAUUUUUUAUCAUAUUUCUUAUUGUUCCGCAUUCUUUUCAUCGUUCUAACUACCAACCAUACGAACGGGUUAUUAGAAUCGAAUAGUAUAGUUAGCGCGCUUGGAAGCCUCAUAUACUAGAAUUCUAUUAUUACAUCAGGUCGCCGGCUGAACUCAGUUGGUCUUGGCUCUUUCAAUCGUAAAAACGACUUUACUUUUCGCACACCUGAAAGUCGAAUUGUCACGUUUGUUCUAGUUAAUUCGUUAAAAACAUAAACGUUAUUACACAUUCGGGCGUUGGACCAAAGCAUUAUUCUUCGCGGAUUCAUUUUUCAAGAUUUUUCCGUGAUUGUGUUGAUUAGAUUAUUAUCAUUUGGUGAACAAAAUAAAAAAUACAGAAUAAGGUGUACAAGAAAAUGCCGUAUUAUAACGAUGUCUCCUCUUAUUAUUACGGAGGGGGAGCUUAUGCCAAUCAUAGCUCAUUAAUGACGGGCACAGGACGAACGCCUUUUCACACACCACUAUCGCGUUUUUCGCCGCAUCUAUCAACGAUUUCGGAAUCUCCGCUCAGUCAUUUGCAUCGUUUUUCGCCGAUCGCUGUGAGGCACGCAAGACGAGUGAUUGAUACAGCAGACAUCGAUGUCUCUUCACCGAGAAUACUUUCGCACAAUGGAAAUCCUCCCCGAAAUCGGCUGCGUCGUGACCGACCGACUAUCAAAAUCAGAUCACAAGCUUUAAAAGACAAUCCAGCAUUACGUGAACACAAUGAGAAACAUGAAAAAUCUGUGGGCGAACUUUUAAUGGAAAAGUUCUUCAUUAAAGAUAAAAAGUCAGACGGCGAUGAUAAUCAACAACAAAUACGUUUGUAUCAUCAGGUCAAUUUGGAUCGUUUGGAGGAUUCUCAAGAGCCAGAAAUUUUACAAAAGAGAAUCACUCGUAGAUUUACGCGACGCAGAUCCUCCACCGAUUUACAACUUGAUCCUGAGCAAUUGCAACGGGAGGUUGCAUACGCUCAAGUACAGGCUAAAGUCUUGGAUAGUCUCGUGGCUGAAGAACAAGCUCAAAUAAAAAACGAGGCACGACGAGGUACUUUAAUUCUCAGAAAAGGAACAAUGAUGAGAGGAUCAAUUAUCGAGCACUCCUAUUAUACAGAUAAUAUUGAAUCUGAUACAAUGACCCAAGAGGAAGAGGAAGCUGCUACGGCAAGGAUAAGAAAAAUUAUGAGGAAAACAAAGAAGAAAAAAAGAUCAUCUCUUGAUAGCCUGUCAUUGACUAACAAGGUUGAUGGGCAAUCAAACACUUUUAACGAAAUUUCUAUUGACUCACGAAUUGAAAAAAAUGAUGAAGUAAAACCUCAGAUAUAUAAAAUCGAGGCAUGUAAUAGUGUCGGGGAUUUUUCUACGAUCUGGGUUAAUACUAGCUCUGAAAAUGAAAAACAUAAAUUGAUCAUUCCCAAGAAAUUUGAAAUUGAAAAUAAGGCGGAUGUUUCUUUAAACGAUACAGAUGAAGCAGAAACAAAGGUCGUGUUAGCAGUACAAAAACCUUACAUAAAAGAUUCUUCAAGAAAUAGCGUGUAUUUAACAAUGAGAAAACCUAUAGAAAAAUUUAACAAAAAUCUUGAAGAAGUUAAGGAUAUGAAAACCGAUGAAAAUCAAUCAAUUUUAAUAAAUGAUUCUGUUGAUAUAGAAAAUAAUAUUCUUAAAAAUAAUGCAUUAGGAAGCUUAAAUGAAGAUUUAGUAGAGAUGAAUAACAAGAUUCAAAUAACGAGUGAUAAUAAGAAUUUUAAAGCAUCCAAGAAAACAAUAUGUAAAUCUAAGAAAAUAGAUUUCUUGGCAAAAAAAGAUAUUCAUUCUAUAUCAAACAAUAACUCAUGUAAUAAACGAGAUAUUGAUGCUUCAACAACAAAAAACGAUAUACGAGAAGUCAAUACUAAAGAUUUAUUAUCUUCGAAGAAUAAAACAACUACAAAUCUCGUACAAUCGAACGAUUCAGAUUUUAUUUUAACAAAUGCACCAAAAAACGACUUACAAAAAGAUCUUCAAGGAUUUGAAGACACUUUCAUCAUGAAUAUAAAGAAUGACAAAAGCCAAAAGUCAAAAGACAAAAGUCAAAAGCAUUGUAAUGUAAUCAAUAAUACGAUGAAAAUGUUUGAUUGUUUAGAACGCGAUUCAACAAUUAAAGUGAUGGAAUCUUCCACUAUUCAAAAUUUUAUUAUUUCCAUUGGAACAGAUGAGUCUGCAAUGAAAGAAGACAAGCCAAAAAUUUCGGCAAUGUACGAGAAUACUUCAAAGCGAAACGAUGUUGAAACUGAAGUUAGUGAUAAUACUACUCAAACCAGUGCCAACAGUAUGAUGCUUACGAAUAACACCUAUCGUCUGCCAAAACUGUCUAAAAUUAAUACGGAUAGAAAUAAUACCGUAGAAGUGCCAAAGCUUUCGUUACGAGAGACUACAGAGUAUCUGGCGAACUCGCCGAAAACUGAUCAGGACGUUGUCAGGACUACUACUGUCGCAUUACCGGAAAAGAAGGUGAACAAAACAUCGACUUUGGCGCAAGUUUCUUCUUUCAACGCUUUGCAAAGAACUGAUGACGUAGACUCAAAUAAGUCAACUUUUAAAAUUGACGUGAUGCGACACAAUGAUGCAGUUAAGUUGCGAACUAAAAAAAUGACUUUGUCCAAAGAAAUAAACGAUAAAGUGCUUAAUAAUGAAUGCUCCGAAAAGUCAAAACUAAUGACAGAUGUCAAUUUGACAGAAACAUUGAAGAACAAUGUGAAAAAGACUGACGAAAAUUUGUUACACGAAUUGUCCUCAAAAAUGACUGAUUCAUCAACGAUGGAAGAAAGGGUCACCGAAGUUAAUGCAUCAAAAGAAGCAAAAAUAUUGAAAACUAAUAUUAAAAAGAUUAAUUGUAUUGAAGUAGCAAAGGAUUCUUCAAUAAAUCUAUUCAGUUCUAAAAGCGAAAUGCCAAAGCUUAAUAGCACAGAAUUAAAAUUUCCUUUCAAAACAGAUACGCUUUUGAAAAACACUGUGAAUGAAAAUGUUGGCGUUGUAGAUUCGCCAAAGGUUGAAAAAGACUCAAGCGCAUUUAAAGUAAUGAAGAUUGAAGAUGGUAAAUCACUGUCAAUUUUUAACAAAGAUACCGGCAAGGAUUUUGAAAAAAACACCACGGUCGAGUCUUCGAAAUUAAUAAACAAUAAUGCAAUAAAUUUUACAUUAAAUAAUAUUCCCGAGAAUUCCUUUAUCUCAAAAAAACAGUCUAUAUCUAUUGAUAAAAAAGCUAUUAAUAAAAAAGACAAAGAUAAAUUCAUUGAGAAGAGAGCAGAAUCAACAAAGUCUCUGAAUAUAAUAACAGAAAAAGAAAUAAAAACCGAUGAUAAUGAUAAUCUUCAGGAGGAAAACGUAUUAUCGCGAAGCGCUUCUACUGAGUCUAUUGAUUUUUGGAGCGAAAUUAAAGCACCAGGUAGUCCAGAAACGACGAGAAUAAAGCAACAAAAUGAAUUUUUUCAUGAGAAAAUAAAUACUUCCAAAAUCGACGAAAAAAUAAAUUUAAUGAAUUCAAAAUGCAUGUGGAAAGAAAUUGAUAAUAAGAAAAAUGAGAUUGAUGUUAAGAAUAUCACAGCGUUUGAAAGUUUAACAAUUGAAUCUAGUGAUGAUAUUAUUGAAGAAGAAAAGGUGAAAAAGAGAAUUAGUUUGAAAUCUUUGAAAAUGAAAAAAGCAGAAAUUGCGAAACAAAAAUCAAUGAAAGUAACGGAAAUCGAGAAGAGAAUCCCCACGAUGCAAAAAAUGCCAAAAAAGAAAAAUAACUUUUCGAUAGUAAUUGAUUCUACAAAUAAAGAUACAAAUUCUAUGGCAAAGAAAGUUUCGACACAACACAACAAUUGCAGUACAACAACUUCUGUAACUUCACAAAUGACUAUUCCAGUUGAAAUUGCCAUACCAAUAAUAAAUAUAGUUGAAGCGCCUAAAUUGCCCGAGAAAUCUGAUAAUCGAAAGAUCGAUCAAGAAUAUGAGGAUCUCAAUACCUCAACAAAUGAGCUAUCACCAAAUCCCUCUUUAAUCAGGAAGAUUUCAAAGUGGAGCAAUCAGAAUGAUUUGACAAGCACUGACGAUGUAGAGACUCCAGUCGCAUCAGAAGAAACCAGUCUGGUUAGUCCCAACAUUAAUCUACAAUCCUCUAAGACAAUGUCUGUAAUGAAAAAGACAAAAUCAUCGAUCAAAAGAACACCAUCGGAAAAAAAUGAAAAGGGGCUAAAGGAUAUUCAUAAUAAUGAACUGACAAAGACAACGAAUAAACAGAGUAUACUUACUACCAAAGUUAUUCUUGAAAAACAACAAGCAAAAUUUUCACCGAAAACAUCUCCUAAAUCUAAAAAUACACCUUCACAACGGCCGCUCGAUCUUAUAAAGAUGUUUUAUACAACACCAUCGGCAUUACUUACGGCCACUCCACGAGACCUCUCUAAAGUUAGAAGGGCAAAUAUCAAGAGGAGACGUCAUCAUUCGCGCACAUCAUCUAUCAGUAGUGAUAGUACUGGAAGUACGACGAGUACCGCUACGACAGAGAGUAUGGACGAAAAUGGAUUGACCUGCGUCGAACUAGAUGAUGAUUCUGAGCAUAAGAGAAUGAAUUCAACAAGGAGUAAUGAUUCCGGAUUCGAUGGUUCACCAAGAAUCUCGAAUUGUGACAUGGCCUGCCACAAGAAAUGCGAAAAACUAACAGGAAACUUAUGUGGAUUAAAUCAAAAGCUAGUUGCGGAAGCAUUACAAGCUUUAAAAAGAGCGCCUUCACAAUCCUCGGAUAUUCAACGGAACUCGGAAUCAGAUCAUUUUCCAAGUGGUCGGAUAACACCACCGGCAACGAAUUUGCCCAGAUUCAAGAAAUAUACCGUAACGGAUUUUAAUUUUCUCAAAGUCCUGGGUAAAGGCAGCUUCGGUAAAGUUCUGCUGGCAGAGUUACGUGGCACAGAAUGUUUAUAUGCGGUAAAAUGUUUGAAGAAAGAUGUUGUUCUUGAAGAUGAUGAUGUUGAGUGUACAUUAAUCGAGAGAAAGGUUCUCACACUAGCCACAAGGCAUCCGUAUCUUUGUCAUCUGUUUUGCACUUUUCAAACUGAUUCACAUCUAUUUUUCGUCAUGGAGUAUCUCAAUGGAGGUGAUCUGAUGUUCCAUAUACAGAAGUCUGGUCGAUUCCCAGAAGCGCGUGCGCGUUUUUAUGCCGCCGAGAUUUGGUCCGGAUUGAACUUUCUGCAUAAAAAAGGUAUUGUUUACCGGGAUCUUAAACUGGACAAUGUGCUACUUGACUUCGAAGGUCAUAUUAGAAUCGCAGAUUUUGGUAUGUGCAAACUUCAAAUCUUCUUGGAUAGAACAGCCGAUACGUUUUGUGGCACACCGGAUUACAUGGCGCCAGAGAUUAUAAAAGGACUUAAAUAUAAUCAAGCUGUGGAUUGGUGGUCGUACGGUGUCCUACUGUAUGAAAUGCUAACUGGCCAAUCACCAUUUUCUGGAUGUGAUGAAGACGAACUAUUCUGGAGCAUUUGUAAUGAAAGGCCGUUUAUACCUCGAUAUUUGAGUCAAGAGGCUAUUGAUAUACUUGUUUGUUUGUUAGAGAAAGAUUCUGGGAAAAGAAUACUUGGUCAUGAAAUCGCUGUACAUGUUUUCUUUCAGCAUUUGUCUUGGGAUCGAUUAGAGAGGAGACAAUUGGACCCGCCAUUCAAACCCGCGCUUGAUCACACUUUGGAUACGAAAUACUUUGAUACGACAUUCACAACUGAACGUCCAAGGCUUACGCCAAUACCCGAGCAAAUCUUGACUUCAAUGGAUCAAAGUGUUUUCCGCGGAUUUUCUUAUACAAAUCCGAAUGCGACAGAUUGAUAAUUGAUAUGUGAUAACUGAGGAUAUAAUACUAGCCUUCAACAGAUCAGU